CCCUAAGUCCUGUAACUGGAAGCAAUGGACUAACUCCUCUGCUGAUUGCCAGCUGUCCGACAGGGGGCGGGGCUCUGAGGCAGCUGUUGGCAUGGAAGGGUUCCUACACAAGUGGACGAAUUACCUGUCAGGCUGGCAGCCUCGUUACUUUGUGCUGGACAGUGGUAUCCUGUCUUACUAUGAUACCCAGGAGGAUGUUGGCAAAACAAGCAAAGGCAGCAUUAAAAUGGCUGUGUGUGAGAUCCAAGUGCACAACACGGACAGCUGCCGGAUGGACCUCAUCAUCCCACGAGAACAAUGCUUCUACUUGCGGGCAGAGAGUGUGGCUGAACGGCAGAGAUGGCUGGUGGGACUGGGAUCUGCCAAAGCCUGUCUAGGGGACAGUGCAACCCAGAAACCAAAACAAACCCCUUCCGACAGAGAAUCUCUGGGGCGGAAACUGUCAGAGAUGCGCCUGUUCUGUGAUGUUCUUAAGCAGCAGGUGGAAGAAAUACAAGGAAAAUUCAGUCCUGACGUUCCUCCAGACAUUGAGAAACUAAACGCUGCCUGCAACAUACUGAAUGGAACGUGCACAUGCAUAUGUUCUACGCUAGAUGAGUGUAUAAAGUACGUCAAUUCCAAUCGGGAAUCACUGAAGCACCUACCCACCUUGCCAGUCCUGCCAGAAGAUGUUGUUGGAACUAAACUGCCACAGGCCCGAAAGGUACAACGAUCACUCAGUCACUCAGCAGUCCAGAACUCCGCAAAGAGUACACCGUCCCCACAUAAAGGAGAUGGAGAUACUGUCCUGUGGAACCUGGAGGAAAUGGCCGUCCGCUCACGUACAUGGGAUAUGCAUCACUCUCCACCCGCCAGUAAUGGUUCAAACAAAGACCACCCUGUGCCAGCAAACCAUGCAGCUUAACAUAUUGAUCUCGUGACCCAAGUAACCAGAAUCAACCUCUUCAAAGUGAUAAAAGGACAAGGAAACCAGUAGUGACUAACAAACAUUUUAGGUUUGUGUACCACCUUGGUAUGUAGUUGGUCCCCAAAGAUCUCUCUUAACUGGGUCAGUUGCCAUCUAAAUGUACAUUUUCUUAAACUGGUCACCAAAGCUCCCAUUAUCUUAAAACUUAUGAAAAUACAUGACCAGGCAAGACAUUUUGUUAUGUGGUCAUCAAGCUGUGUAUUAUUGCAUCCUGUGGUGGACAGCCAUUGUCAAAUCAUUUGGUAAGGAGAUUGAACAGUGCAUCCAAAACACAUGCUGGACCCCCUCUGUGGAAGUAAUAUCUAAAAAGGAGUAAGGGAAGGCUACACAUUGUCAGUAACUUCUUUUCCAUGUCUGCAUGCUUUAUAUAUUGAAUUCCUGUAAGAUAAUAGUUUAGCUAUUUUGUGUAACUAAUAAAUUGUCACCUGAAUGGUAUGUAUUAAUCAGAACACCUGGCAAGUGAGGCUACACAAUGGUCCUUUAAUGGACCAUUGCAUAUGUUGUUUACUGCAAAUUACAACCUACCUGACUUCUUUAAUUCAUAAUUAUAUAUUCAUUUCAUACUCUCUUUUUGAUACCCUUUUCAAUGCCUGAUUUUUGUGAUAUUUCUACAUACCAGAUGUUAUGUUAGGUUGUUGUUAUUUUGUAUUUUAUUUUGGACAGGGGACAUGUAAUAUACAUUUUCAGAAUAAAAAGAAAUCUACUUUUGUAUAUUUUUAUGUUAA